AAUAGCAUGGAGAUGAACAAAAUGAUAAAAACCGCAAGGAAUAGGAUUAUGAUUAUCCUAGAACUAGAAUAAGAAUAGUGAACACACAAAAAUGGAGGCUUGGUUCCUCAUCAUCGUCUCACUCUGCGUCGCCGCCCUACUCAAAUCCACACUCACCCUUUUAUCGCCGCGCACCAAGCGCCUCCCGCCCGGCCCUCCGGCGCUCCCCCUCAUCGGCAACCUCAUCUGGCUCCGCAAGCCCAUCUCCGACCUCGAGCAAGUCCUCCGCCGCCUCAAGCCCCGCUACGGCCCCAUCAUCACCGUCAAAAUCGCCCACCGCUUCUUCGUCUUCGUCAACGGCCACUCCAUCGCCCAUCAAGCCCUCGUCCAGCACGGCGCGCUCUUCGCCGACCGCCCUGGCCCCCCGGUCACCAGCACCUACCUCAACGCGCCAAGGAAAACCAUCAGCUCCUCUUCCUACGGCCCCACGUGGCGCCUCCUCCGCCGCAACCUCACGCAGGAGAUCCUCCACCCCUCCCGCGUCAGAGGAUACUCCGCCUCGCGGCGCUGGGUGCUGUCUCUCCUCAUGGAUCGCAUCCGCGCCGCCGCCAACUCGGAAUCCUCCGUCAAACUGGUUGAUCACUUCCAAUACGCCAUGUUCUGUCUCCUCGUGCUGCUGUGUUUUGGGGAUAAGCUCAAGGAGGAUCAAAUCAAGGAGAUCGAAGCGAUUCAGCGUAAACUCCUCGUCAAUUUCCAGAGAUUCAACGUUCUCAAUUUCUGGCCGCGGCUAGGGCGCAUCAUCUUCCGCAAGCGAUGGCAGCUGCUGUUUGAGCUCCGCAAAGAGCAGGAUAGAAUCCUGAUUCCUCUCAUCAGAGCGAGAAUUGAAGCGAAGAAAACGAAGAAGACGAACGAGGAAGAAGAAGAUGAAUUGGUGGCGUAUGUCGACACACUAGCGGAUCUAAUUCUACCGGAAGAGAACAGAAAGCUCCACGAGGAGGAAAUCGUGAGCUUAUGCAGCGAAUUUCUCACCGCCGGCACCGAUACCACAUCAACAGCACUGCAAUGGAUCAUGGCGAAUCUAGUGAAGCAGCAGGAGAUUCAGGAGAAAGUGUACCGGGAGAUAAUUGGCGUGGUGAAGGAGGAUGUGGUUGAGGAGGAGGAUCUGCAGAGGAUGCCCUACCUGAAGGCGGUGGUGCUGGAGGCGCUGCGGCGGCAUCCGCCGGGCCACUUUGUGCUGCCGCACAAGGUGAAGGAGGAGGUGGAGCUGGAGGGGCACAGAAUCCCCAAGGAUACGUAUGUGAAUUUCAUGGUGGCGGACAUGAAUUGGGACGCCAAAGUGUGGGAGGAGCCGAUGGAGUUCAAGCCGGAGAGGUUUGUGGCCGCUUGCGAGGGGGAAGGUUUCGACGUGACAGGCAGCAGGGAGAUAAAGAUGAUGCCGUUUGGGGCGGGGAGGAGAGUGUGCCCGGGAUUCACAGUGGCGCUGCUGCAUUUGGAGUAUUUCGUUGCGAAUUUCAUACGCAGUUUCAAGUGGGAAGCAGAUGGUGAAGUGGAUCUUACUGAGAAGCAGGAGUUCACCAUUGUCAUGAAAAAUCCACUGCGUGCACGCAUCACUCCCAGAAACUAAAAUAUGCUUAUUUAUUUCUGUUUUACCUUUGCA